AUGGCAUCAGUACUAUGGACAUGUAGUGUCACAAGCCACACUCGUGAGCCAAAACGCUGCCUGCAGGUCAUAUGUCAGACUUUGGCUGCACAGUUAUUUGAUAUAUUUUCCUUUGUAGAUCGUGUGGGCGAUAUGCUGCACCAAAAGACCAAAGGAAUCGCGCCGCCCGAUGAUGUGACUUUCGCGCAGAGAAGAGCUCUGCCCCUGGGCUUCCUGUGCGGCGUGCUGGCGGGAUUCACUGUCUUCUCUCUGGUGCAUCAGCAUCUCCAAACACUUCUGUCCGGCCUGCACGUGCGGCACCAAACACAAGACCCUGUUUGGAGGGAGUGGGAGAGGGACUGGCGGGCCCCUCAGGAGGACGAGGACUGGGGGAGGAUCAACUGUACUGCGCCUCAAAUGAGAAAUGCUGAUGAUUACUACAACCUCAUCGACCGCCACCAGCUACACUGUGAGAAGCCGGUGAUGGUGGGCGGUCAGCUUUUGCCCGACAGGACCUACUUCAGCGGGGAGAAGUGGAUGUGCAUGGAUGACAGGUUCAGAGUGGAGCCUGGCCGCUGUGUUGUUCUCUCCUUCGGGAUCGGUGAGGACUUCUCCUUCGAUGACGAUCUAGACAAGAGGUUUCAGUGUAAUGUGCAUGCCUUCGAUCCCACCAUCAGGAAGCCAACACACCGACGCUCUCCCAAUGUAAUGUUUUACGAUAUAGGCAUCGCCAGCUAUGAUCGCCUCCACACCAAGCCGAAGAUGGCAAGGUACAUGACAAUCCUGAAGUUGCUGCAGCUGGAGAACACUACCAUCGACUACCUGAAGCUGGACGUGGAGGGCUUCGAGAACCACUUCUUCAGGGACGUCAUCAGACACGCGCCCAACCUGCUAAAGAACGUGAAGCAGAUCGGAGUGGAGGUUCACGUUGAUAGAGAUGCGUCCAUUAUGCGGCAGAAGAUGUGGGCAUACUUCGGAUACCUCAAGUGUUACGGCUUCAAGGUUAUGUUCAGUGAAAUCAACCCGGUUACGAAGUUAAGGUUCUCCUUGAGGAACCACGAGAGAUCCUGCUGCUAUGAGGUGGUGUGGGCGAGGGAGCGUCAGUGGUGA